AUGGUCUGCGGCGAGAGUAACGCGGCGGCCAUCUCCGCGAAAUAUGUUGACAACGAUCCCCUUCAGCGGCCAGCAGCCAGGGCAACGCCGGCGAACGAGAGUCAUAUCUGCGAUCUAAUGCCUCCCAAGGGUUGGAAGAAGGACGCACAGGGGAACUACCCCACAACGUCAUACAUAAAAGAGCAGGAGAAGCUAACGGUUGAUGACUUGCUCUUCCCGAGGUCCAUUAUUACAUCGCUGGCCAAGGACGCGGUACACCAGGCCGUGCAGACCGCGGAACAGGAUCCGCGCGUGAUGCUGUCGAAGGACGCGUCGCUGGCGUUGCAGCGGUCGUCGACAGUGUUUGUGAACCACCUGCUGAUGCAUGCACGUCAGAUCGCACAGAGUAACGACCGCAAGUCCUGCAGCGGGGAGGACGUGCUGAAGGCGCUGGACCAAAUCGGACUGGCGGGCUUUGAAUCCGUGGUGCGAGAGCGGGUUGUGGAGUACGAGAAGGAGGUGCAGCGCCGCCGCGCGGAAAAGACGCCGGCUGCGGACGAGGGGCAGGCCGAGGAGGGUGACGCCGCGGACGAGGAGGAGGGCAGUCACAAGCGCGCGAAGCUUGACGAGCAUUAA